UAAUAAAAGUCAAAACUUUAAUCUCCUGCAAGUGCAAUUUUAAUAUGACAUGUGAUAGAUAGUGCCAUCAUUUCAAAAACCUGUGUGCAUGGGAUUGUUGGGGGAGGACAGUUGGACCAAUAAAUUUAUUGUCUAGAGGCAGAUGAGCCUCAUUUACUCUUGCAGACGUGACAGCUGAGCUUUUUUUUUUUUUGAAGCGAAUUCUAGUUAUAAAUAUAUCAUGCACACUCUCGUUGCAGAACAGGUAAGCGCAGUUUAGCUUCUUAUAAUGGGUGUUCAUGCUCGUUGUAUUGUGGGUUCUCUGUUGUUGUGGAAUUUCUUUUUCAAUGUUUUAGUAUUGGCGGAUGAUCAUGUUAGUGUUGAUGAUAAAGAUGAUAAGCAUUUGUUCUUUCAUCGUCCUUUAGGAGGAGGCUUGGGGCGUGGUAUUUAUAAGAAAGGGUUUAGACAUGGUAGGUUUGGUGGUGGUGGUAUUGGAGGUGGUGCUGGCGGCGGUUUUGGUGGUGGUGGUGGUAUAGGCGGUGGUGCAGGAGGUGGUUUUGGUGGUGGAGCUGGUGGUGGAUUAGGGGGAGGUGGGGGUUUAGGAGGUGGCGCAGGUGGAGGUUUUGGAGGUGGAGCUGGUGGAGGUCUAGGAGGAGGUGGAGGUUUAGGUGGAGGAGCUGGUGGAGGUCUAGGUGGAGGUGGAGGAACUGGUGGAGGUCUAGGUGGUGGCAUUGGGCAUGGUGGCGGUCUAGGUGGCGGCAUUGGGCAUGGUGGCGGUCUAGGUGGUGGUGGUGGUUUAGGCGGUGGACAUGGUGGCGGUCUAGGUGCUGGUGGUGGUUUAGGAGGUGGACAUGGUGGUGGUCUAGGUGGUGGCAUUGGGCAUGGGGGAGGUCUAGGUGGUGGCAUCGGGCAUGGUGGAGGCUUAGGAGGUGGUGGUGGUCUAGGCGGUGGACAUGGUGGUGGUCUGGGGGGUGGUGGUGGACUAGGAGGGGGAGCUGGUGGAGGUUUAGGAGGUGGACAUGGCGGGGGCCUAGGUGGUGGAGGAGGAGGAGGUGGACUUGGUGGGGGAGGUGGAGGAGGCUUAGGUGGUGGCGUAGGCGGGGGUGCAGGAGGUGGCUUUGGUGGUGGGGCAGGAGGUGGUGGAGGAGGAGGAGGCGGAGGCGGUGCUGGUGGCGGUGGUGGAUUUGGUGGAGGAGGUGGUGCUGGAGGAGGCUUUGGGGCUGGUGGAGGUUUUGGCAAAGGUGGAGGUAUCGGUGGCGGUGUAGGUGGGGGUGGAGGUGGUGGAUUUGGAGGAGGCUUUGGUGGCGGUGGUGGUGCUGGAUUUGGCGGUGGAGGUGGGUUUGGAGCUGGGGGUGGCGGUGGCCACUAAAUUUAACCUGUUUAGCAGCAGAAACAAUAAGUAAAAAAAAAAGGGUGAUACUCUGCUCAGGGUGCAUUCAUUAGCUAUAUGACUCGCGAAAUGGAGCAGCAGCCUCUUUCCCGAAUAUAUAUUUACUAAGCAAUUGAAAAAAAUUUAUUUAAGACAUCCUAAUUGACAUAUUCUUCAUGUAAUGUGUAUUUUUUAUUUUCUUAAGAGUGUGCUUGUUUUUUAAGCUUGUAAUUCGCGACAUCCAAGUAACUGCAUGUCCAUUUUGGUGUA